GCCCCACGCCGUCACUCCUCUCAACCCGACCACGCCGCGCCUCCGCUUCGAACCCUAGCCGAGCGGGGUAAGGAGGGAAAUGGGGAAGGGUACGGGCAGCUUCGGCAAGCGCCGGAACAAAACGCACACGCUGUGCAUCCGCUGCGGCCGCCGCAGCUUCCACCUCCAGAAGAGUACCUGCUCCUCCUGCGGCUACCCCGCGGCCCGCAUCCGCAAGUAUAAUUGGAGUGUGAAGGCCAUCAGGCGCAAGACCACUGGUACGGGAAGGAUGAGGUACAUGCGACACGUGCCUCGCCGUUUCAAGAGCAACUUCAGAGAAGGGACUGAGGCUGCCCCAAAGAAGAGUGCUGCUGCUGCCAACUAAGUGUGGAUGUUGCCAUCAAGAACCUCAGAAGCUAGACGUUGGAUCUUUUUGAUUGAAUUGUACUUCUGAACUAUUUGCCCGUAAUACUAUUACAGUACUGGUUUACCGUGUCUUGAAUUGAAGCCAGACGCCAUCUUCUUUGGGAGCGUGAUUUAUAUAUUACCCCAGUUUUAUGCU